AUGCUUGAGGAGACCAACAGUCUUGGCAUGCAGCACUCCAUGUCAGCCACAGCCUAUCUUGACCCGUCGAUUGGAUCAUGGCAGGGAUCUGUCGACACACUGGCCACAAUAACCUCCACUGGGCCAGCACUGACAGACUCUGAUGCGAAUUUCGAUUUCAAUGUUAUCGAUUUCGAGCCCGGCAGAGCGGUGCCACUGGACCCCAGCAUCAUCAAUGAGUUCGAGCUUAACCAGACAGAUAGUGGCUGUGCUGAAGAUCUUCUGUGGAACACCUCUGACCUCUCUGCUUUCAACGUGGGCUCUCUCACCCCCUGGCUCUCUUUCCCAGGUCAAUCAUCUCAGUUUGCAUACGGCUUCCAGGUUCAGGGUGGUCCGCGUGCACCAAUACCAGACGAAAGAUUCGACAGAGUGCGUCAGUGCUGGCCUACGAAAAAGGCCGAUCCUCUCAGUCGCUGUCAGCUCUGGAAUGAGGUCGCAGCUCACCCGGAAGACAAUCUCUUCUCGCAAUCAAAUGGAGACAAUCUCUUUGCGCAGCCAGAUGUCUGUGCAUUGACUCAGGAUCAUUCCGCUUCAAGAUGGAAAUUUGACGAAAGAUGCAGAUGGCGCGUGAUGAGAAGUCUAGGUGUUGUUAACUUGGACAGCCUCGAUGGUUGUUCUCAUGCUGUAACAACUACUGCCCAGAUUUCCCCGACUCACCCAUGCACCAUCUCCAAAGACCAGCGGCGUCGAGAGGAUGUCACAGCGAAGAAAUUUCCAUCGCUCAACACACUCGACCUCAGCUUGGAUUUGUUCUUCGAAAAGUUUCACAAUUUUGUGCCAUUUGUCCACGUUGCCACUUUUGAUGCGACGAAGACGCCCGAUCUACUAUUAGCGUCGUUAUGUACUCUAGGCUUCGUGAUGCUGAGAAGCCCUGCAGCCAAAGAAUUCCUCGAGGAGCAUACCAUAGGCCUCAUUGCACGUUGUCGUCAAGAGCUCGGAGCGACCACACGCCAAACAACAGCACCUGCUCUAUUGACUGUUUUAGCAAGUUCAUACCUUAGUAUAGUCUUGGGCAUUAUAACAGGCAAAAGCGACACAGAAGCGUGUCAAGCACUCUAUGUCGAGGCUGUGGCGACAAUGAUUACUCACGGCUUUUUUGGCGACGACAGCAUCCAAAUGACGGAGAAAGACGUCCCUGACGACGUCCUGGCUGAAAGCCACGGCUGGAAGAUCUGGGGUCGUCUUGAAUCGACCAAGAGGCUAAUAAUCGCCGUUGUCAUGGUCGAUGCGUUUUAUUCGAGCACACUAGACUUGGCUCCCGUCGUCCCGACCAAGGUGCUCAACUUGUACCUCCCCUCCGAUGAGAAGCUGUUCUUUGCCUCGACGGAAGCAGACUGGAGGAAGUCUUUGCAGGCCGGGUGCAGAGUUUCUUCGUCCGUCUUGGAGUGUUACGCCGACCAAGUUUCGCUAUCCGACAGGGCCUUCUACCUGACCUCCCUCGGUCUUCAUGCCAUUUUUGCUACAGUCUGGAUUCGACUAUCUGAGGCUCAUCAUAGACUCAUGUCCCGCAACGAUUUGUCAGGCCAAGGGUGGGGUCUCGUUCCGUACGAGGUCUAUUCGACUGACCCCUAUGCAAAGCCCGUGGCACCUUUUCUGGUAAAUAUGAUGCAAUGGCAUGGAGAUAUUCUGCAGAACUCGAAUCCUCACUGCCUAAUCCAAUGGAAUGUCUUGUGUAUGUCACUUCUGGGUAAUUCCUGGAUGUUCGAACUGGGCGCUGGACGACAAGGGGCCAAGCCUGCAAAAGCCGCUCUGAAUUGCAUUGCUUCGUGGGCCGACACUCCAGCAGCCAGACGAGCUUGUGUCCAUGCAGCUCAGAUAUUUUGGAUCUGCUCGAAAAGGAAAGUAUCCGAUAGUAUGAUGUUCCAAUCAGAAACCGGACUAUUCCAGGCGGCACUCCUCCUCGGGCUUUAUGUCUUGGUCAUGAAGACUCCCGCUGAUGUUCCCACGCAACACAACUACUACGAGCUUUUAGCCGACCUAGAUUGGAGGGAUGUGGGGGACGUUGGCAUGGGAGGCAACGAACAUUAUGCUGAUGGUGUCUGUCUUCCUUCUUCGGCGGCUUUCAUCACCACCGGAGGUUGCCUUACGUUCUCCGGAAUCCCCAUAGCCGGAGGCUAUGCUUCGGCAAGACGGAUCCUCGUUCAGUUCGCGAACCUUCUUGAGGACGCCGGAGUGUGGCGGACGUCCGAAAUCUGUCGCAUACUUCACAUCAUGGGAGACGUCCUAAUGGAAGACGGAGUCGAGGAAAGCGCUAGGAGCAUUGUCGCCUUUUACAACUCUGAUGCUCUUGUGUGA